GCGGGAACGAUUGACCAAUCGCUGCAGGGAAGAGGUGUAUCCCCUGCUAUUUAUUCUACAGUUGAGCAUCGGGCUGGGCUCGUCUGACGCACAUCGCCUCUCUCCGGUCAGAUUACAAGGAGUCUUCAAGGUUUCUGAUACAAUAUGUCGAAAGAGGUCCCUCGCGAGCCGGAGCAGCUUCGCAAGCUGUUCAUUGGGGGCUUGAGCUUUGAGACCACAGAUGAAAGCCUGAGGGCUCAUUUUGAGCAAUGGGGGGGCCUGACAGACUGUGUGGUCAUGAGGGAUCCCAACACCAAGAGAUCCAGGGGUUUUGGUUUCGUCACAUACUCCUCAGUACAGGAGGUUGAUGCAGCCAUGUCUGCCCGCCCACACAAGGUUGAUGGAAGAGUUGUCGAGCCAAAGCGAGCUGUUUCCAGGGAGGACUCAAACAGACCAGGUGCACACGUAACAGUGAAAAAGAUCUUCGUUGGAGGAAUCAAAGAAGACACAGAGGAGUCACACCUGCGCGAUUACUUCACGCAGUUUGGCAAAAUUGAGGUGAUUGACAUCAUGACAGAUCGCAAUACUGGGAAAAAGAGGGGCUUUGCCUUUGUGACCUUUGAUGACCAUGAUUCAGUCGACAGGAUUGUCAUCCAGAAAUACCACACAAUCAACUCUCACAACUGUGAAGUGAGGAAGGCCCUCACAAGGCAGGAAAUGCAAACAGCAGGCAUGGGUAUGAGGGGAGGUCGCAGCGGGGGCGGAGGGGGAAGGCCCUACGACUUCGACAGAGGCUUCAACCAGGGCGGCAGGGGUAGAUAUGGAGAUGGCCCUUACAAUUGCAAUGGAGGAGAUGGUGGUUAUGGUGGUGGUCCUGGCGGCCCUGGUGGCUAUAAUAACGGCGGCAACCGGGGGUAUAACCAAGGUGGCUACAACCAGGGUGGUGGCGGCGGCGGCGGUGGCUAUGGAGGAAACGGUUAUGACAGCAAUGGUUAUGGUAACUGUGGCGGUGGUGGAGGCGGAGGAGGAAAUAACUACAACAACAUGGGCCACUACGACCCCCAGGCCUCCAACUUUGGACCGAUGAAGAACAACUAUGGCGGUGGUGGAGGUGGUGGCGGCAGGAGCUUCGGUGGCUAUGGAAGUAGCUCAAACAAUGGUGGAUAUGGCCGUACAGGACGAUUUUAAAAUGUGAAGUGGACUGAGUACUUAGGAGAGGAGAGCAAGGAGAGGAGAGCAAGCGAAGUGACAGGGCAGCUGCAGGUUUACCUCCUAAAUCUGCUCAGCCAAACAGUUGUGGCAGGUUACAGCUGCUGCAAGAAGAUAUGAACAGUAGAUAAAUCAUGGAGGGUCUUCAUUUAAAACGUUUUGUGUUUUUUCAUCAAACUGUGUUUUCUGGAAACUAAGCAUUCCACUGAGGUUUUAUGUAGAUUUUCUUUUGAGUCUGGUUUUUAUUUGUAUUGAAUCAAAUCAAGCUGAAAUAAACCAUCUUUCAGUUUUUUUUAAAAA